CAGGGGCGAGGUGGUCGUUGACGUUCACUUCGCGCUUCGUUACCUGCAAGAAACGCCGGCGAUAUAAUCGGAACGUAGCCGCGAACCACAUACAGCUUUCCCCCCAACCCGACGACUUGUGCCUGGGGCGUGAGAGAUUUGCGUGUGGCCAGUCUGUAGGCGGGGUUAGAGACGCAAUGCAGGCACGUAAACAAUGACGUAGUAGGAAGGCGGUUGUCGGCGGUUUUGUUGCACCUUCCCCCCGCGGAUCGCAGUUGACAGGCCGUCCAAUGUCAGUACCUCUUCUGUGGUCCAUAAUUGUGACUCCCUAUUUGUACAGUGUCCCUGGACGCCUGCAGUGAGGUUUUUUUUAAUACCACAUUCCUAAUUUUUUAUUUUUGUUGCUCAGUUCCCUGAUUGAAGAAAAAGUAUUUAUGUCUGGUUUCUAAACUUGCUGUUAUGAAUAAGGAAAUGACUAACUCUUUAAAUGUGUUUUUAAUCAUAUUUAUCAUAAGAUGUUGCAGUAUUUGACUUCUAUUAUCCCCAUUUUUGAGGGGUGACUUGUUUUGUUUGGGGAAAACGUUAACCCGUAUGAAAGGUUCCCUAUUGUCUUGUUUUUCUCUUUUGGUUUGUUUCAUCAUUUGCUCUUAUUUGAAGUCAAAUAUUUGGAGAAUAUUUAUUUUAUCCCUGUGCAUUGAAUCUGUUGACCAAUAUAAAGUUUUUUUUUUUUUUUUUUUAAUGGAGGUUUUAGUUCUGGUAUACAUGCUGGUUUCAGUCUGUUACAAAUAUGUUUGGCUCUGUGCAUACCCAUCCUAGGACCUUAUCCUCAAACUCUGCAUCUUCCACAAUUGCUGAGUGCUCAGGUGAAGCCGUGCUAAAUGAACAGACCUUGAGUCUUACCACCACUGACCUAAACAUAAUGGAGAUGACUGAAAUUGAGUACACCCAAUUACAGCAGAUCCUCUAUUCACACAUGGAAUCUCAAACUAGUGAUGGAGACAUUGAUACAAGAAUGAACUCUGCUCUUUUUCCAUCUGGCAUUUCCUCCAGUAUGCCCCAGUAUCAGUCCACCAACAUAACCAGCCAGACCAGCUUUACAACCAGCAGUUCAGGGCUGCUAAAUGUCCUCCCAGUGAUAUGCCAGUCUGCUGUCUCCUCUGAGAGCAGUAUAAUGAGCACUAAUCAGACUUCGGGACACCUUGACUUUCAGGAGCUGAGGAUGAUGAUGCUAAAUGAGUCUAAUAUACCUUCAAAUAGUAGUAACACAUGUGAAAAAAGCACAGAUAAUGUUGGCUGCGAUACCUCAGGUGCAAGUAAUGUGUGGGCAAGACAAGUUGGUGCUGUGCCAGGAAUUACUAAGGAAAAUAAGAAUUUAGGUAAUUUGUCUGAAUCUAGAUCAAAGUCUGCAAUUUGUGUUCGUUUAGAGGACAGAUUUAACAGUAUCCAGACUGAAGUCCCCAGGUGUCAGGAGCCACAGGAGGCCGGUGUGACCUUGAACAAUCUGGUGUCCCUUAUAUGCCACCCUUCACAGCUCGUAGGAGACCAGCAGCAGAACAAGUGUGACACUCUAGUACAAAAUAAGGCAUCUGCCUCUAAAGUAUCUCUUCAGUUUAAAUAUCCUGGCAUCAGUUUAAUGGACAUGGACACUUUUGGAAAUGUUGGUUCUUCCCAAACACAGACAAAUUCUGUUGGUUGUGGAAAUUCUUGCCCCUUGCUGGAAGCUUCCAAGCACCAAGAGAUGUCACUGCCCAGAUCCGUUUCCUUCUGUUACCAGCAGGAAAUUGAAUCGACAAAGCAGACUUUAGGAAACCAAAAGAAAUUACUACCUGAGCAGGUCUGGAUUAAAGUGGGAGGAACAAUGUGUAAACAAACAAUAAACAAAAGAAGCCGCAGUAGCAUGCGACAAGUGGAUGCUAGCAUGGAACGGAAACCAUUACGCGACAUUCAAAAUGUGAGAGACUUGCAGACUUCAGGAGCUUCAGGAGUGUCCUGCUCGCCUACAAAGAAUAAUACUGCCGAACAGAAGACAGAUAACAAGCAGGGUGGAUCCUCCCAGCGCCGGGAGAAACACAACCGCAUGGAGAGAGAUAGAAGGCGCAGAAUAAGGAUUUGCUGUGAUGAAUUAAACCUUUUAGUUCCUUUUUGCAAUGUGGAGACAGAUAAAGCUACAACAUUGCAAUGGACAACUGCGUUUCUAAAGUACAUCCAAGAGAGAAAUGGAGAUUCUCUGAAAACGGAGUUUGAAAAUGUUUUCUGUGGAAAAACAGGAAGAAGAUUAAAAGUUGCUAAAUCAGAAGGUUUCAGAACAGGCCAAGCUCAGACAAGCAUACUCUAGGAUGUCAAGUAACCCUACUGCAGCAUAGAGAGUGUAAACAAAUAUUCUGUAAUGCAGGAAUAGCUCAUGGUGUACUAUACACCUAAUAUAGUGUGGGCAGUUGGUGCACUAUUUAUUAACAGAAGAGGCAAUGUUAUGGAAAAAAAAGCUUUUCUAAGUGUUUGAACUAUAACAAUGUUAAUAUAGGUUGAAGUAAGAAAAGCAUUAUAUAAACACAUUACAUGUGUAUGUAGCAUAAGACAUAGUAAGCACUUAAUUUUGUACAUUUUAAUUGUUUUACUGCAUGUUAGCCUUUUAGUGUAGAAGUAAUUGAACUUCCCCAUGCCAUGAGCAGUGUACAUCCCCAGUCACUUGCGUCUAGUGUGGCAGUAGUCCUACAUGUUAGUGUAUGUUAUCCGUAUCUGUCAGUUAGUUUCCUUUGUGUUUCUAUCUUUCAAUGUAAAUACCAUUGCUCAUUCUACACAGCAAAAUACAUUUUGGGUUGGACUUUGGCUGGUCUUGUAGUUCCACAUUAAUAAUAGCUACAGAGGUUGACAAAGCAUGCUGGGACUUACAGUUCCACAGCAGCUGGCAAGACCACGUUUGGACAUUGCAGCUAGUGAGUAUUUACAUUUUAUUUAAACCCUCUUAAGUGAUUACUGUAAUCCACAGAAUGCAUUUAUAUUGCUGGUAAGAAAGAACAGGCUGUAAUCUAGUAGUUGGAAAGUGCACAACAUUUUAUUUUUAGCAGUGUGGAAUAACGCAGAGCAUGCACAAAAGCUGGAAGAAUUACAAAGCUACUGUAACAUCUUCCUGUCUAUCCUACUAGCUCAGUAAGAGACCAUGAACCUAUUCAAAUGAAGAAAAAGUUUUGUUUUGUUUUUUUGCUACAUUGUUUGCAAUUAACAUACUCAUUGGAAAGAAUGGUCUGGAUAGUUUUACUUCCUACCAAGGUUAGCUUGAUCCAUCACAUUGAGAAAUAGCUUGAGCAAGAGGAGAAACGCAUUCUGGAUUCCCUGUAACCUUUUUCAUAUGUUUCACAGGCAAUUAUGCCGCUUACUCUCUUUAUGGUCCAUUAGAUGUUUGGAAGUAGUACUGUACCGACAAUGUAUUCCUCUGUGAUCUGUUGAUCACUGUAUAGUGGUAUGGUGAAGCUGCAUUUAUCAUCAUUUAGAACAUGCACCACGACAUAGGUGCAUAACCUUAAAAAGGGGGUUGUACAUGCUCUGUUCUAUAAAAGCCUACUCCAUUGGUUAUAGUUUAGAGAUUGGAAAAGGAGACGGGGAGGCAUGUGCUCACAACAAAAUUAUGGUUGAAACUAGAUUCAAGUGGGCUAAGGGACCUUUUCCAUCAGGGGGAGGAGCCACGACACAAGGGGGAGGAGCUGGGCCAGCGGGAUAGUUCUUCUACUAUCCAUGCCACCAACUAUUACCUUUAGUAAUCAGGUGGCGAGCAAAGCGAAGCGAGCCACCAAAGCGUGGCGAGCGAAGCGAGCCCACAAGGGUACUUUUCGGGUACCCUGUUCGGCCGUAGCUCCUCCCCCUGGUGACGUGUUUCCUCCCCUAGGUACGUCAGAAGGUCCCUUCUCCCACUCCGAUAUAGAAUCAACCACAAAAUGAUAUGCCACCUUCUCUAACACCGUACUCCCCCUUGCUCUUUUUAGUCCUGCCCACAAUCCAUAUGAAAUAUGGGGAUUGGCUUUAACAGGAGAUAGCGCUUUAACAGGGUAGAAAAUACUGAAGGUCACAUUAUGCACUGGGCUCUUGCUAUGUGAUUGUAGCUUAAUAGACAAUAGGAAAUCCUACCCGGCUUUUUAUUUAAGGAAGAUCCAUUGAGGUCUUGAAUGUUACUUUAGCACAAACUAUGUAGCAGCAUUUUGUUUAAGACAAACUGAACAUUUUCUUCAUUUUAGUGGUCAGUAUAUUAGUACAUGAAUAUCCCUAGCAUAAUUUAAGCGGACACUAAAAUGCCAUGUUCUUGAUUGUUAAUAAAUUGCAAAUGUCUUGACCA